AUGGCUGAAAUAUUACAACAGAAGCCCAGUGCUUUCGCAGCGCAGGCUUCAGCUUCUGCAGCCCGCCAGAUUCUUGAUCAUAAAGCUCCAGCAUACAAGUUCUCAUUCACGCCUUUUCUAGUUAAUAACUUUCGCAUGGGUAUUUCUCCCGAUCGGCCUGCGUGUAAAGCAUAUCUUCAAGGACACUGCCCUCUCGGUACUAAUUGCCCUGAUAAGCAUGCUACCAAUCCCAAUAAUACAUGGAACUUCAACAACCUGUCGUUUGAUGCUUCGGGAGGGCCACUAACAAGCUUAGAUGAGUGCCUUUAUUUACAUAUUGACCCGGCCUCUAAGGUUGGAAACUGCCCACAUUACGACAAAGGCUUUUGCCCGCUUGGUCCUAGAUGCUCCAAAAAGCAUAUCCACAAGACUCUUUGCGAGUUCUACCUAGCAGGAUUUUGUCCCGAUGGAUCAAAAUGUAAAAAAUCACAUCCCAGAUGGCCUUCGGACUUACCAAAGCCAACUAUCAAGGUCGAGAGAGAUCCGGAGGAGAUUGCCGAAGAACAAGCAAAGCUUAGAGAGGCUGCAGAGAGGGAAGCAGAUAGAGAAAGGGGUUUUGGGGGAGAAGGCGGUGGCCGCAGAGGGAAAUGGAGAGGUGGCUUUAGCUAUCGUGGAAGGGGUGGUGGAGGAGGAGGAGAAAGAAGUCAACGAGGACGCGGACAUUAA